AUGUUCAGGAACAACUACGAUGGUGAUACAGUGACGUUUUCGCCCACGGGCAGGCUUUUCCAAGUAGAAUACGCGUUGGAGGCGAUCAAGCAAGGUAGCGCUACAGUUGGCCUGCGGUCAGAGAAGUAUGUUGUAUUAGUAGCAUUGAAGCGGAAUGCGGACGAGUUGUCGUCUUAUCAGAAGAAAAUAAUUAAAUGUGACGAACAUAUGGGGUUGUCAUUGGCUGGUCUUGCGCCUGAUGCGCGUGUUCUGUCGAACUAUUUGAGACAGCAAUGCAACUAUUCACAGUUGGUAUACAAUCGGAACCUGUCGUUAGUGAAAGCGGGUCAUCUAUUGAGUGAUAAAGCGCAGAAGAACACACAGUCCUACGGAGGACGGCCUUAUGGGGUGGGGCUUUUACUUGCAGGAUAUGACAACAGCGGAGCGCAUUUACUGGAGUUUCAGCCUUCAGGAAACACAUUAGAGCUCUAUGGUGCCGCCAUUGGAGCACGUUCGCAGGGUGCCAAGACCUAUUUAGAGCGGGUCAUGGAGGAGUACCUGAAAAUUGAGACCGCAGACGAAUUGAUCAAGCAUGGGGUGGAGGCCUUGAAACAUUCCUUGAAGGACGACACAUUAAGUACCAAGAAUUUAUCCAUUGCCGUUGUAGGUGAGGAUAUGCCUUUCACUUUAUACGAUGGUGAAGAUGUAAUUCCAUAUCUGUAA